AUGAUUACGAAGCUUAUCAUGGCAUACCCUUAUCACGUCCUUCAUAGUGUUCUCCUCUACAAAUUUGACGAGAAUCGUGCUCCGGUUGUGCAAAGUAUGCUGGAAGAAGCGGAACGUCGUAUUGCCAAUGAAAAAGAUCGCGCACGCCUUCACGAGAUUAUUGAGGAUAUGACUGCAGCCCAUGUGGCUUAUCUGCAGUUCGUUGCUCUUGGCUUCCCGCGCGAUUAUUCUGGUGAUGAGUUGGUAAAAUGGGAGGUGAUCGAACGAGAAUGCAUGCAAGCGGAUGGCUUAUCGGCACCAAAAGUAACUAGAGUUAGAGGAAGUGAUGGAAAGUUGUACAAGCUCAUCUGGAAG